AUUAACCUUGUUUAACUACCUUAAACAUCAGGUACUGACGUGACCAUGUUUGGUAGUGUGCAUAAUGAUUGUCUCUGAGUGAGUUCAGAGCUGUAGUGUUGAGUAGUUGGUGAGAAGCUAUACUAAGAAUAAGAAGUUGAGAGUUGUUACUAUCACUAAAGCUGUGGCUGCUAUACUGAUGAUAUUGAUCGUAUAUGCAAGCCUUGAGUAAGCUAGUGAGGUUACAGAGACAUUGGAAGCAAGUCACUGUCUGAAAUGAGUGACAACCUUGCUAAACAACUCUACCUGGCUAGUCGUGAUGGUUGUGACCAAGAAGUGCUUGAGCUGCUACAGAGAGGAGCUCCACCUGACAGCAUUGACUGCUACACUAGAUGGCAGGGUGGAUACAUUCCACUACACAAGGCAUGUGCUUACAACCGUCUCCGCAUUGCAGAAUUACUCAUCAAGUUUGGAGCCAUUGUAACUGCUGCAGAUAAUGGUGGUUGGACCCCCUUACACUCGGCAUGUUACAACAACAGUAAGGACACUGCUAAGCUGUUACUGGAGCACCACUGUCCCACAGAUAUCAAGAACAGUGGUGGACAGACUGCUGCUCAUUGGGCCAGAUUGAAGGGGUACCGUGCCUUAGCUGACUAUGUGGAGGAGUUCCAGCCUGGACCUAGAGAUCCUCUGCCCUCGUACCCAACACUGGAACAGCUGAGUCAGCUGGAAUGUGACCAAUGGCUUCAACUUGGUGUUCGCUUGGGAUUGAGCAAUGACCAACUGGAAACCAUAAAGGAGAGCCAACACCCCACAGCAGCAACUCUCCAGGCAGCCAAAAUCAAGAAUAUUGACAUGCAGUGGAAGGAUAUUGUGGAAGCUCUAGUGAGCGUUGGAGAGUACAAGUUGGCAGAGAGUGUGUGCACUCAGCAAGGGGAAGGUGAGAGUACUCUGUCAGUGAGUGCAUUCUAUGGCUGGCUGGACUGGGUCAAGCGUCUUGUGGAAACUGUGGGCCUCAAUCCAAAAGGUGAAAAUGGUACAGUCAACAAGGCUGGUGACACUCCACUCUCUCUGGCCUGUGCUAAUGGCCACUUGGACACUGUCAAGUAUCUUGUGAACGAGCAUCAUUGUGAUCCGGGUACAGUCAACAAGGCUGGUGACACCCCACUCUCUCUGGCCUGUGCUAAUGCAGGCCACUUGGACACUGUCAAGUACCUUGUGAACGAGCAUCAUUGUGAUCCUAGAAGUACAGUCAACAAGGCUGGUGACACUCCACUCUCUCUGGCCUACAAAGGUGGACACUGGGAAGUGGUCAAGUAUCUCGCCAUCACUCAUCACUGUGACACAACAAUUGCAGUGAAUAAGGCUGGAGACACUCCUCUCUCCAUUGAGUGUUCCCGUGGUUACCUGGAGAUGGUCAAGGCUAUCAUCAACAAGCAUGUUGAUCCAAAUAAGCCAUUCAACAAGGCUGGUGACACCCCACUCUCUCUGGCCUACAAAUGUGGACACUGGGAAGUGGUCAGGUAUCUCGCCAUCACUCAUCACUGUGAUACAACAAUUGCAGUAAAUAAGGCUGGAGACACUCCUCUCUCCCUUGCGUGUUCACGUGGUAACCUGAAGAUGGUCAAGGCUCUCAUCAACAAGCAUGUUGAUCCAAAUAAGCCAGUCAACAAGGCUGGUGACACUCCACUCUCUCUGGCCUACCAAAACAGACACUUGGAGACUAUCAAAUAUCUUGCUCAAGAACAUCAGUGUGACCCAAAAUUUGCAGUGAAUGAGGCUGGAGACACUCCUCUCUCCCUUGAGUGUUACCGUGGUAACCUGGAGAUGGUCAAGGCUCUCAUCAACAAGCAUGUUGAUCCAAAUAAGCUAGUCAACAAGGCUGGUGACACUCCACUCUCUCUGGCCUGUGCUAAUGGCCACUUGGACACAGUCAAAUAUCUUGUGAACGAACAUCAUUGUGAUCCUAGAAAGCCAGUCAACAAGGCUGGUGACACUCCACUCUCUCUGGCCUACCAAAACAGACACUUGGAGACUAUCAAAUAUCUUGCUCAAGAACAUCAGUGUGACCCAAAAUUUGCAGUGAAUGAGGCUGGAGACACUCCUCUCUCCCUUGAGUGUUACCGUGGUAACCUGGAGAUGGUCAAGGCUCUCAUCAACAAGCAUGUUGAUCCAAAUAAGCUAGUCAACAAGGCUGGUGACACUCCACUCUCUCUGGCCUGUGCUAAUGGCCACUUGGACACAGUCAAAUAUCUUGUGAACGAACAUCAUUGUGAUCCUAGAAAGCCAGUCAACAAGGCUGGUGACACUCCACUCUCUCUGGCCUACCAAAACAGACACUUGGAGACUAUCAAAUAUCUUGCUCAAGAACAUCAGUGUGACCCAAAAUUUGCAGUGAAUGAGGCUGGAGACACUCCUCUCUCCCUUGAGUGUUACCGUGGUAACCUGGAGAUGGUCAAGGCUCUCAUCAACAAGCAUGUUGAUCCAAAUAAGCUAGUCAACAAGGCUGGUGACACUCCACUCUCUCUGGCCUGUGCUAAUGGCCACUUGGACACAGUCAAAUAUCUUGUGAACGAACAUCAUUGUGAUCCUAGAAAGCCAGUCAACAAGGCUGGUGACACUCCACUCGCUCUGGCCUACCAAAACAGACACUUGGAGACUAUCAAAUAUCUUGCUCAAGAACAUCAGUGUGACCCAAAAUUUGCAGUGAAUAAGGCUGGAGAUACUCCUCUCUCCCUCGAGUGUUCCCAUGGUAACCUGGAUAUAGUCAAGGCUCUCAUCAACAAGCAUGUUGAUCCAAAUAAGCCAGUCAACAAGGCUGGUGACACUCCACUCUCUCUGGCCUACAAAGGUGGACACUGGGAAGUUGUCAAGUAUCUUGCCAUCACUCAUCACUGUGAUGCAACAAGUGUCCUCUUGCUAGCAGUAAAGCAUAAUCAGAAUGCAAUAGUUGAGAUUCUAUUGGUAGAAAGCCAUAGCGAUCCGAAUGUAACCGACAAAGAAGGCAAGACACCUCUCAAUUUGUCCAACGACCCUGAGAUCAUAAAGCUCCUCUUGAAACAUGGAGCCAAGGCUGCCAAUGUCUACAAGAAACACAGCAAGCUCAUCAGAAAGCUCUCCUCCGAGCGACCCCCCCACCUUCCUCUGUCUGUGCUCAUUAUUGGUGAUGGUGGCGUGGGGAAGAGCACUCUGUUGAAGUCCAUUCUGAGCUCAAAAGGGUUUUGGUCUCUAUUCCAGAAGGCAAGACCAGUCGAUGACGUCGAUGCGAGGACAGUGGGGAUAAUACCGUACGAAAUAUACACCAAAGAGUUUGGGAGAAUCAUCUACUUUGAUUUUGCGGGCCAGAAAGAGUUUUACACGAGCCACUGUGCCAUUCUGGAGAAUGCUGUUCAAACCUCACCACCCAUCAUUAUCCUCUGUGCUAAGCUUGUAGAAAGUGAGCAGGCGAUUAUUGAUUCCAUGUAUCGUUGGUUGACCCUCGUCCAAAACCAGUGCACCAAUCUGAAAGGCAAAGCACACGUGAUAGUAGUUGGUAGCCAUGCCGACCAGGUGAAGAAAAUGGGAGAAGAUCCACAAGCCAAAGAGAGCAUCUUUGCCCCCAUUAUCAAGCAAUUCCCAAAGUUUGAGAUCACAGAGUUCAUUCCAAUAGAUUGCCGCUUUGCUGAUUCGAGUGAUAUGAAUAUCGUGAGAAAGCGGAUUCAGAAAAGCUCUGCUAUUCUCCGCUCUCCAGAAACCAUCAGCCUGAAUGCUCACACCUUUUACAUCUACCUUGCUGAGAACUUUAAACAUAAACUUGCUGUUUCAUUGAAGGUUGUUCAACAACGAAUACACAGCGAUCUAGACCAAACACAUGAGUCAGAGAAAAUGGCAGACAUCCUUUCCUUUAUUCCGACCACCCUCAACCAUCUAGUUGAUAUCUGUACCCAGUUAAGCAAGGUGGGGCUUCUGCUAUUUCUUUACAACAAAUCCUCAUAUGAAAAUUCCUUUCUGAUCUGUGACUCUAAAAAAUUACUCUCUGAUGUCACUGGGACAGUAUUUGCUCCUGAGCACUUUCGUCAGCACUGCAAACUCGCCUCAAGCACUGGAGUGGUGCCUUUGUCCAAGUUUGAAGAAGCUUUCAGUAACUACGACACUGAAAUGCUGAUUGCUUUCAUGACACAUUUAGAGCUGUGCUUUGAGAUCAAAGACAAGCAAGUUCUAGAGUACAUUCAGAAGAUGGAGCCAGACCUAGACGACACUCGCUACCUCUUCUUUCCCGGGCUCAUCAGGAUAGAAACUCCCGAGCGUGUAUGGGAGGAAGACCCUUCCAUGAGCUACCACUUUGGAUGGAUACUCGAAACCUCUCAGAACACACAUUUUUACGAUCCUCGCUGCCUUCAAGUCCUCAUUCUUAGAAUAGUGUUCACGUUUGGCCUUGCCCCUGCUAGCAAAGUACUGCAUGAUAUCCCUUCCCUGCAGAAAUUCUGCUCUGUGUGGAAGAGUGGGAUCUGCUGGUGCAACGAUGAUGGGAUUAUCACACACCUCGAGCUUUGUAACAAUAAAUCUUUCACUAUUAAAAUACGAUCUGAAGUUCUUACACCCGAGAGCCUUGCCCAUCGCUCCAAGGUAGUCAGUAAGGUUCUCGAAACAGUGAAAGAUGUUUGUCCCAAUAUUGUGGUUGUGGAAUCACUGAUCAAUCCACAGGAAGUUGUCAGUCAUCCUCUAAAACCUUCCUCAGAGCUCACUCUGUUUAGUGUUAGAGAUCUUGCUGCAGCUGUCAUCUCUCAAAAAGAAGCUGUGAAAUCCGUUCAUCGCCCUCUCUCACUGAAACGCCUUCUCCAGUUUGAGCCGUACGCUGGUUUGGACCUCAACACUCUACAGUGUAUUCACAGUGACAAGAAUGUCAUGAAAGAUGAGAAAAUUUCGAACACAUUCAUUUAUCAUUUCACUAGUCAAAUUUCCGAUCCAAACAGUAUUCUCAUGUAUAGACAAAUGUUGAGCCAAUCUCAAGCUUCUAAUGUCAACAUUCAGUCGGUCCGUCCCAAACAGGAGGUGGUCCAGGCCCUUGAGACAUGGAGGAGUGAGACUGAGGGAACUUACAGCUGUCUGAGGGAGACUCUCAACAAGUACAGCGUCUUCGCUGGGAGAAACCCUCUGGACCUAGCUGGUGUGGCUCAUGAUGAUAUUGAUCCCUCUGUGUUUAGUAUCAGUGGAGAUGAGCUAACGGAUCACCAGAUACCCUCUACCCCUACCUUAGCGUCAGGUGAACUCUCCAUUGAUAUGAAUCAGAAGUCAACGAUUAGAGAACACAAUGAUACUGUCUCUGUUGUGAAGACGCCAUCAUCAGAUGAGGGGUCCCUGUCAUCAGAAAGACUCCAACACUCAGCAGCUCUGGUCCAGAGACUAGGAGCUACAUCAGCUGGUACUGGGGACAGUCAACUCCAUAGAAGAGGUUCUAGUGAUUUGUCUGCUCUAAGGAACAUUGUAGACACUGCAAUCACUGGACAACUGGAGUACCAAAUGAAGUAUGGAGAUGCUCACAUACAGGAUCCAGGGACUACCAGCGUCUAUGAGUUGAUGGUCAAGCAUGGAGUCACUGACGAGCAGUUGGAUAGAGAGAUUGAACAAGGCGAUCUUGCUCCAGUAGCUAUGCACUUUGAUAAUGUGGAGCUCUACCUCAACCCACUGAAGUUGAAUGGAAAUGAACAAGCUGAUGUGUGGCGAGAGACUUAUUUAAGUAGAAGCAAUCAAGUAGCAGUGAUCACCUGUUUGUCAAUCUGGAGGGGUCACGAACCCAGCGAAGCAACCUUCAGAGCACUGAUUAGGAUCUUAUUGGAUCUGAGGAAGGAAGAGCUAGCUACCAGGAUUUGUCAGUACUUGGCUGAUGGUAACGGUCAAGUUUAUACUCAAAGAGCUGAUAAAUCUGCUGAUUUAAAACCAGACAUCAUGUGUGAGGGGUCCCUGUCAUCAGAAAGGCUCCAAUACUCAGCAGAUCUGGUCCAGAGAGUAGGAGCUACAAUAUCAUCAUCAACUUGUGAAGUCCAUACUAGAAGAGGACUAUCCGCUAAUCGAGUUACACUCCAAGAUCUUGUGAGCAGAUACAGUCUAACUGACAAGCAGCUCAACAGUGAAAUAGGGGACUCCGAUAUUCCCUACCUGGCCGAACAUUUCAAUGGUGUAAAGAGUGCAAUGGGACUGACUCCUGCACAACAGGCCGAUGUGAAUAGGUUGUACUGUAAUGAAGGAACUCAAGUAGCCAUGACUGAAUGCUUGAUUCUCUGGAAAAGACACGAUCCUUUCGCAGCAACUUACAAAGCUCUGCUGGAGUUGUUACUGGGACUGAGGAAAGACGAGAUAGCUGAUGAUAUCUGUCAGCACUUAUCUCAAUGAGGUGUGAGGGGUGUGGUCACUGGCUCGAACUCAUGAACUAAUUAUAUACACAAGCAAACAAAUGUAUAACUGUAUACAGGACAGACAUGUAAUCGUUUAGAUAAGUGUAAAAUAAGAUGAUAUUGUUCGUACUAUAAUUAUAGAUGCAUGCAUGUACAUGUUUUGUACGGAAACUGCUAUAAUUAUGUUAUGUUUAUUCUGGAGUAUUA